AUGUUGGUUGCGUCGAGGUUGCGCAAUGGCCUAGGCCUGCUGGUGCCUUUGACGCUGGCUUGUUCGAUCUACCUUUAUUUUUACCCAUUCUUCGGGCAAUGCGCGUUCCCCCUACCGUCGCGAAACGCAACCGAAGCAUUCGAGGGGACGAAGAAGCUCCAUUGGCCCUUUGCUGACGAGGAGUCACUGUCCAACUUCCCCACGAAGCAAGCUCCCUUUCGACUACUUGCCCUCGGCGACCCCCAGCUCGAAGGCGACACCUCCGUCCCCCUCGCCUACGCGGGAUUCAUGCCACAUGUUCCUCUGCUGUUUAAGCAGCUGACGUUUCAAACAUGGCACCCAUCUCUCAAAGAGCGUAUUCGAUGGUCCAUUCACGACCUCGUCGACAUCUUCUUCGAUGACAUACCAAACAUUUUCGAGUCCGCGCGCAAGGUCUUUGACCUUCUCGGCAACGACUUCUACCUCGCCCACAUCUAUAGAACAUUGCAUUGGUGGACGCAGCCGACGCAUGUGAGUGUCUUGGGUGAUCUGCUGGGGAGUCAGUGGAUCGAGGAUGACGAAUUCGAACGACGAGGCGACCGGUUUUGGAACAGGACAUUCAAGGGCGGAGAGCGCGUCCCAGACGAGGUGGCCAUGUUUCCGGCCGAGCAAUACAACCUCACUGGGUUCCUAAAUGGCUCACCUGAAGAAGAUAUUUGGAAGAAGCGCAUCAUCAACGUCGCCGGCAACCAUGACAUUGGUUACGCUGGAGACUUGACCGAGGAGCGCCUCGAGAGAUUUGAACGCAUCUUUGGCAAGGCCAAUUAUGAACUGCGAUUCGAGCUUCCCGUCACCGACCCAGAGCAUAAUGCGACCAUCCUCAACGAAGAAACGAAUCCAGACUCCAAACGUUUGGCGCCCGAAAUACGGAUAGUUGUCCUCAACGACAUGAAUCUGGACACCCCCGCCAAAUCAGUACCGCUACAGGACGAGACCUACAAGUUUAUUAACUCUGUCAUUGGAACAUCAGCUGCCGUGGAUUUUGAAGGACAUUUCACUCUCAUCCUCACACACAUUCCAAUGUACAAGCCUGCAGGCAUUUGUGUUGAUGCCCCAUUCUUUGACUUCCACAGCCAAGCUGAUGGCGGUGGCUUGAAAGAGCAAUACUUGCUAAGCGACGAUGCUAGCAAGGGCCUGCUAGAAGGCAUAUUUGGUGUUAGUGGAGAUACGAAUGCUCCUGCUAAUGGGCUGGGACGCAGAGGCUUGGUGAUGAAUGGUCAUGACCACGAAGGCUGUGACACGUACCAUUUCAUGAAUCAGACGAACGGAACAAAUUCCUACGAGCGAUCUUGGGAAACAGUACUUUGGAAAGACGCCAAAAUGUUGGACUUUCCCUCGAUUCCUGGCCUGCCAGGUCGUCGAGAAAUCACCGUACGCAGUAUGAUGGGUGAUUUUGGCGGCAAUGCCGGUCUCUUGAGCAUGUGGUUCAACUUUGACACUUGGGAGUGGGAGCACGAAUAUAUCGACUGCCCGCUCGGUUCCCAACACUUUUGGUGGCUCACCCACUUCCUACUAUUUGGAACUAUUGCUUGCGCCACUUCCUACGCGGUAGCCGUCAUACUGAGCGCGAAUGGUGUAGAUGUUGAUGGGUAUUAUGAAGUUACCGAGAAGUGGGUUCGGAAUCAGAUCCUCGCUUACUGGGCAGAGGCAAAAGCGAAGCUGUGUCACAAGCCUUUACACGAUGACAAGGCACAAGAGAAGAGCAGACCCGACCCGGGCCAAUGA